GUGUCAUAUUUACCUCUGUUAUUGAGAGCAGCUCUGAAUAAAAGGCGCUUGAAAGUCAUUUUAGCUCAGGAACUGCUCCUGUGUCCGACUGUCGCUCCGCGGUCGAUUACUUUUCCUGACAGGAGUACUACAUCCUCCGAAGAUCACAGAUAAGUCGAACGACUCCUCAGUUACAGUCGUAAUAGAAAUGCAUGUGUAAAUAAACACCUUUGUCAAGUGAGUAUAUCUCCGUAACACGACUCACAAAAGUCACUUCGGCCAUUUUGCUCGGAAGGGGGGCCUCUGCUUCAACACGUGAGCGAGGAGCCCGACGAGCCCGACGAGCCCGAAACACCCUGACAUCUCCGACUCCGAGAGGAUAUCAUCCAUGUUCCACCCGACAGAGGCAUAGGAAGCCAGCACGAUGCCGUCUAUCAGCCUCCCGCCGAAAGAGAACGCGCUCUUCAAGAGAAUUCUGAGGUGUUAUGAGCACAAGCAGUACAGGAACGGACUGAAGUUCUGCAAACAGAUCCUGGGCAACCCAAAGUUUGCUGAGCAUGGAGAGACACUGGCCAUGAAGGGUUUAACCCUCAACUGUCUGGGUAAGAAGGAAGAGGCCUACGACCUGGUGAGACGAGGCCUGCGCAAUGACCUCAAGAGUCACGUCUGCUGGCAUGUUUAUGGUCUGCUGCAGCGCUCGGACAAAAAGUACGACGAGGCCAUCAAGUGUUACCGCAACGCUCUGAAGUGGGACAAGGACAACCUGCAGAUUCUGCGAGAUCUGUCCCUGCUGCAGAUCCAGAUGAGAGACCUGGAGGGAUACAGGGAGACUCGCUACCAGCUGCUGCAGCUCCGUCCAGCCCAGCGGGCUUCGUGGAUCGGAUAUGCCGUGGCCUAUCACCUGUUGGAGGACUUUGAGAUGGCUGCGAAGAUCGUUGAGGAAUUCCGCAAAACACAACAGACAUCUCCAGACAAGGUGGACUACGAGUACAGUGAGCUGUUGCUGUAUCAGAACCAGGUCCUGAGGGAGGCCAGUCUGCACAAGGAGGCCCUCGAUCACCUCAACAACUAUGAAAAACAGAUCUGUGACAAACUCGCUGUGGAGGAGACUAGAGGAGAGUUGCUGCUAAGGCUGGAGAGACCACAGGAAGCUUCAGAGGUCUACAUGAAACUCCAGGAGAGGAAUCCUGAGAACUGGGCCUACUACCAAGGCCUGGAGAAAGCCUUAAUGCCAGAGAGUAUAGAGGAGCGUCACAAGAUUUACGAGGAUUCCCUGGUGAAGUUUCCUAAAGGCCUUGUUUCACGAAGGCUGCCUCUUAGUUUCCUCACAGGUGAGAAGUUCCGUGAGUGUCUGGACAGCUACUUAAGGAUGAACUUCAGUAAAGGCUGUCCGCCCGUCUUCACCACCCUCAAAUCCCUCUACACUGAUAAAACCAAGGUCACUGUCAUCGAGGAGUUAGUCGUUGGCUAUGAAACGUGUUUAAAAGGCUGUCGAAUGUUUAGUGAAAACGAUAAUGGGAAGGAGGAGCCUCCCACCACCCUGUUGUGGGUACAGUAUUUCCUGGCACAGCAUUUUGACUUCAUCGGCCAGUCCGUCCUCUCUCUGGAGUACAUCAACACCGCCAUCGACAGCACGCCCACACUCAUCGAGCUCUUCCUCAUCAAGGCCAAGAUCUACAAGCAUGCAGGUAACAUAAAGGAGGCGGUUCGAUGGAUGGACGAGGCUCAGGCCCUGGACACCGCCGACCGCUUUGUCAACUCCAAGUGUGCCAAGUACAUGCUGAAGGCUGGCCUCGUCAAAGAAGCCGAGGAGAUGUGCUCCAAGUUCACUCGGGAGGGGACCUCUGCUGUGGAGAACAUGAACGAGAUGCAGUGCAUGUGGUUCCAGACCGAGUGUGCCCUGGCCUACAAGGCCAUGAACAAGUUUGGAGAGGCCCUGAAGAAGUGCCAUGAGAUUGAGAGACACUUUGUGGAGAUCACAGACGACCAGUUUGACUUCCACACUUACUGUAUGAGGAAGAUGACGCUGCGAUCCUACGUGGACCUGCUGAAGCUGGAGGACAUCCUGCGGCAGCACCCGUUCUUCUUCAAAGCCGCUCGAACCGCCAUCCAGAUCUACUUAGCUCUGCACGACAAGCCUCUGACUGACGACAACAAGGAAAACCAGGCUAACACUGAGAACCUGACGGACAAGGAGAUGAAAAAGCUGCGCAAUAAGCAGCGCAGAGCCCAGAAGAAGGCGCAGCUGGAAGAGGAGAAGAAGAACGCUGAGAAGGAGAAGCAGCUGAAGAACCAGAAGAAGAAGAAGGAGGAUGAUGAUGAGGAGAUAGGAGGCCCAAAAGAGGAGCUAAUACCAGACAAACUGGCCAAGCCGGAAAAUCCUCUGGAGGAGGCAGUGAAGUUCCUCAUCCCUCUGAAGAACUUGGUGCGCAAUAAGCUUGAGACUCACCUCCUGGCCUUUGAGAUCUACUUCAGGAAAGAGAAGUAUCUGCUGAUGCUGCAGUCCAUAAAGAGAGCUGUAACCAUAGAGCCUUCCAACCCGUGGCUGCACCAGUGUCUAGUGCGCUUCUUCAGAGGAGUGAGUGAAGGUCCAGACUUGGCCGAGCCAGUGAGGACCGUGUUGAAGCAGGAGAUCAUCAGACUGUUUGGCGAGAGCAACCCUCAGAGCUUCAACAAGAGCUACCUGAGCCAACACUCCAACUCAAUCCCACACCGACUGGCUGCUGCUAAGAUGAUGUUCUACCUGGAACCGUCCUCUGAUAAGAUGGCCUGUGAGAUCGCUACAGCCCUGGAUGAGUCACUGUCUGGUAGAAGCAUCCAGGUGUGCACUGAGGUGCUGGAGGCUCUGAGUGCAGGGCAGCUGGGCGAGGGUCAGCAGAAGGCUGCCGAGGCCUACAGAGCCGCCUGCCAUAAGAUCUUCCCCUACUGCCUGGCCUUCAUGCCUCCCGGUUACCAAGACAACAGCAUCGCACUCAGCGCCAACGGCGACCUUUCGGCGGGAGAACACGACGACAUGGCCAACGAAAUGUGACCUCAGUCAAGAAACAAAAACAGAGGAGAACAAGGAGGUGAAGUGAACACGCUGCCAGACGCCUUAGUCCGCCAACACACCCGUUUCCUCAUCCCCCCCCCCCCCCCCCACCCUCACAUCCUGGGCCUUGGCUUCUGAGAGAGAGAGAGAGACCCCGCCACCACUGCACUGAUCCGGACAGACUAAAGCACCGCAGGACAAGACAGGAAAGGGAGCCGGCACACGGAGGAAGGCGAUGCCCGCGUGACUUAAGCAGAUGAUCCACAGCUGCUCCUGUAACUGAGAACACAGGAGUGUGAUGUGGAGACUGCGGUGGACUGUGGGACACUGUGGCUGGACACUGGCCGGCGGCUCCGAUGGCCUCUGUAAACACAGGCCAGGUUUUAAAUAACUCCUGUGUUUUCACACCAUGUCUUUUUCCUGUAGGUGCAUCUGUUUCUCACGUUUUUAAAAAAAAAAAAAAAAAGUAAUUUAUAUAUUACAAACUGACAAAAGGAUUAAUAAAAAGCAACGUUUGCAAAACGGAAGUGUAACAUUUCAGUGAUGGUGUCAGAUAUCAGAGAUCAGUCCGAUCCCUGCGUACACAAUCUGUAAAACACAGAUUCUGUACCGAUAACACAAAAGGAAUUGUUACAGUGAGAAUAAUUCUAAAAAUCCUGUAAUCUACAUCUGCCCCAAAAACUGCUGAACAAACCAGAUUAGACCCACUCACUGCAGUCACUGGUAGAGGAACUGUAAUAAUACUUAUAAUAAAUAACGUUCAUAUUCUAUACUGAAUGAACCACUUCAUUAAAGGCCACAUAGACCGGAA